AGUUAGCUAGCAAGCUAGCUGACUUACAACAGGGAAACCGAGCGAAGCAUGAAGUGAAAGGCGUUAGUCGUCAGUCUAGCAACCUAGAGGACGGUUUAUGCUGUGGGGUUUUCGAGUGAUUCUUUUUUUUUUGCUCAUUUCUCUUGAACUGCAAAGUCCGAGAUACUAGUAAUUUGCUAGCUAGCUAGCGUUUGUAUUUUCCAUAAACGAGCUCGAAUAGCUCGCUAGCUUGCUGGCUAAUAUCUGACCGAUUUAGUCGCCGGUGGUGAAUAGCGAUUCGCUCUCAGCUACAAAGAAGCCCAGUAACUGGCCCCGUUUCCGCGGACUACUGCGGCGAUUCGCACAUGAGGACACAGAGCGCCGCUGUAGCUGGCUAGCUAGCCAGCCGGCCGUCUACUGGAGGAGUCGCCUUAAAAUCUUGGUAGUAACACAACUAGCUCAGUAUUAGUUUUUCAAAUGGAGUACAGACGGGGUUCUCUCAGGAGUCGGGCUGACAGGAAUACGUGUCUCUGAUUAACCCCAGCCAAGUCAAUCGAUCAGUGAAAAAGCUUGACAGGAAAAGGAGCAUCCCAUGCAAGAAAGCUAAAAGUAACGCACACUAUGGAUUUCGGCAAACUGGUGACCCUAUGGAUUGUAUGCUUAUGCCUCUUGGGGGAGAGUCGGGCGGAGAAGCCGGGCCAACCCCAGACGGAGACGCAGCAAGCCGAAAGCGAGCUGUCGGAGCUGUGCCGGAUCGACGAGCCCCUGUGCCAGGAUGAAAACGCCAUCCUCAGCUUCGAGGCCAUCCGCAGCAUCCACAAGCAGAUGGACGACGACGCCAACGGCAACGUAGACGUGGCGGAGACGGACGGGUUCCUGAGGGAGGACCUGAACUACCACGACCCCAAGGCCAAGCACAACAGUUUCCAUGGCGAUGACCAGUUCAUCAGCGUGGAGGACCUGUGGAAUGCCUGGAAGGGCUCUGAGGUUUACAACUGGACGGUGGACGAGGUGGUGGAGUGGCUCAUCACCUACGUGGAGCUGCCGCAGUACGUGGAGGCCUUCAGGAAGAUGAACUUCAACGGCAGCGCAAUGCCGAGACUCGCCAUGAAGAACGCCACUCUGACCAUGUCAGUCCUGAAGAUGCAGGACCGUAGUCACGUGCAGAAGCUGCAGCUGAAAGCCCUGGAUACGGUGUUGUUCGGAGCUCCGCUGAUGAACCGGCACAACCAUCUGAAGGACUUCAUGCUGGUGGUGUCCAUCGUCAUCGGCAUGGGAGGCUGCUGGUUCGCCUACAUCCAGAACCGCUACUCCAAGGACCACAUGAAGAAGAUGAUGAAGGACCUGGAGGGCCUGCAGAGGGCAGAGCAGAGCCUGCAUGACCUCCAGCAGAAGCUGCAGAUUGCCCAGGAGGAGCACCGCACCGUGGAGGUGGAGAAGGUGAACCUGGAGCAGAAGCUGAGGGACGAGAUCAACUCGGCCAAGCAGGAGGCACAGCGGCUGAAGGAGCUGCGUGAGGGCACGGAAAACGAGCUGAGCCGGCAGAAGUACGCCGAGGAAGAGCUGGAGCAGGUGCGCAUGGCCCUGAAGAAGGCUGAGAAAGAGCUGGAGUCCCGCUGCAGCUGGGCUCCCCCAGAGGCACUCCAGAAGUGGCUGCAGCUUACCCACGAGGUGGAGGUGCAGUACUACAACAUCAAGAAGCAGAACGCAGAGCGGCAGCUCCUCGUGGCCAAAGAAGGGGCCGAGAAGAUUAAGAAGAAGAGGAACACACUCUUCGGGACCUUCCACGUAGCACACAGCUCCUCUCUGGACGACGUGGAUCACAAAAUCCUGGCGGCCAAGCAAGCCUUAGGGGAGGUGACGGCCGCGCUGAGAGAGAGGCUGCACCGCUGGCAGCAGAUUGAGAUCCUGACGGGCUUCACCAUCGUCAACAACCCCGGCCUGCCGUCCCUGGCCUCCGCCCUCAACCUGGACCCCAGCUUCAUGGGUGGCCGGGCCACGCCUCAGCACUUCAUCAUGUCUGACGACAUGGACGACAUGGACGAGGACAUCAUCUCGCCCGCAACCUUGCAGUACGCCACCUGGCUAACGGACCGUCGAGUGAGCGACCUUUGGUCCGUCAGUUCUGACUGCCAGUCCCUGUGGAAGUACUCGGCUCCCAGCAUGAUGUCCCUACGCCAGCGCCACAUUGACCCGCAGCUGACCGUGGGCUCGCAGAGGUUGGUAGAGGGCUGUCUGUUGGCGGGGCAGCAGGGAGAGGGUGGCUCAUACCCCGCCAGGUCUCGGGGCUCCCUUCGCCAGUCCCGCAGCCAGUCCUUCGGGCAGUUUGAGUCUUUCCCUCUGCCCCCCCUCUCCUCCGCCGUCUCGCACCCCUCCAUCAUCUGUACCUCCCCUUCUCCUCCUCCUCAGCCUCUGUCUUCCUCCUCUUCAUCCUCCUCCUCCUCCUGCUCGCCGUCCCCCUCUCCCUACCACUGCUCUUAUUUCCAGCCCAUGGACACCAUUCCCGACCUCCCCCCACCAGACGUCACCUCGGUGCGGUCCCAGCGCUCCGAAAGCUUCGGGGACCUGAAUCGCUCGGACUCGGACUCCUCCCUGUCGCUGUCCCAGGCCAGUGAGCAGCAGCGUCUCUCUUCCUCCGCCGGCUCCAAGGGACACCCCAUGAAGCCCACGUCCCUCCUUCAUGGCCCCGCCUCCCGCGGGGAAGAGCCUGCCUCCCUACACGCCCACACCCCCAACGGAGGGAACCGCCUGCAGGAGGGCGGGGCCUGGGCGGAGGGUGGAGCCGACAGCCCCCUGCUGGCCAAGAAAGCGUAUGGCAUGGAGAAAUCGGCCAGCCUGGGGGAGAUCAACAGCUCCCUGGCAGGCCUCUCGCAAUCCGAGUCCUCCCGCUCCCUCAGCCCAAACUCCACCGACCCCGACACGCCCUCCCCGACCGGGGGCCAGCCAGGCCCUGGGGGUGGCAAGGGCAGCAGCCGCAUCCCCCAGCUCUCGUCCAAGAAGAGCCCCCUAGAGGAGGACAGUGGUUCCACAGGCGAAGACACGGAUUCUGCCGCCAGCCGCAAGAAACACACCUUCAAGAUCUUCAAGAAGCAGAAAAAGUAACCGGGCCCGCUGACUGCUUCACAAAAGCCCGAAGUGUGAAGGCAUUUUGUUUUUUGUUUUUUUUUUGGAAGAGAUGUAUCACAGUUUUUUUUUUUUUUUUUUUUUUGGUUCACUGGUAUCAAACGGCACAGACAGUUAUCCUUUAUGAGGAUCUGUAGGUACUUUUCUCGGAGGAACUGUGGGAGCAACCAACAGUUAUAUUUUUUGUGUAUGAUUUAAAAAAAUGUAGGGAUUGGGGGCUUGUAUAUGGGGAAUGUAAAGUAUAUUUAUUCUGCAGGAAGAGGUGCCAGUCCUUCCAGGGGAAUCUUAUCUCCCUGACAGAGUUUUUAUUUUACUUCAGUCUCUCUCAGUUUGCAUGACUUCACCUUUGUUUGGUUGGUAUUUGAAUGCUCUUAGGUGUUUGCUUGGUUCUUGUCCUUUUUCUCUCUGCUUAUACAACUAUCACGGCUUUCCUUAAAAUUACUUCCCCUUUCUUUGUCUUUCUAUAUAUAUAUUAAAAACUUGCCUUGUGGAUUGUGUAUGGGGGAGCCACAUCCUGUAUUAGUCAAUGAUUAGGGGAACAGUAAAGGGCUGAAUGAUGCAAAAAAAUCUCUCUGAAUCUAUUGUACUAGUGCCGAAGUUUACUGAAUGUACGUCACAAAGAGGCGCGGAGGGAAAACAGCUGAGCUGGCUGGGAUGGUGGGGUGUGGACAGCAUGUGCUUGGAUCUGCUUUGAGAUGAGGGGGACCACUGCGCUCUCAAUCGGCUCUGAAACGACGACAGCAUGAGUGUUUGUGUGUGUGUGUGUGUCUGUGUGUGUCUGUGUGCGUGUGUAUGGGUGGGUGUGUGUGUCUGUGUGUUUGAGAAUAAAUGGCUACAUUCAUAUGGAUAGUAUAUGAUCAUGGCAGAUGUAGGCGUACAUGGAGGCAUAUACAUAUGGCUAGAUAUCUAGAUAUGCAUACACACAUUUUUACAGAAAUUUUGACUCGACAAGGAUAGAACUCUGAAUGGAAUGUAAGGCUAAUUGUCAUCAUUACAGGACUUUAACAGAAAGGAUCAAAAAUGUCUCAUAGAUUGUAAAGGAAAACUUUGGAAAUAGUAAUUUAUUUUAUUAAUACUAUCCCUCUAAAAUACAUAACACGAAUAUACCAGGUGUAUACAUGGAUGUAUUUCAGCUCUUUGACUUUUUUUUUUUAAAUAUUUUUGGAAUUUGGAAUUUGGAAAUGGUGUCAGAAAGCCAUAUACCAAAGAGUGAGAGAAGGAUGCUGUGGGGCUUCAUGGUUUUAUCCGCAGUUUUAAAGACAGGCUUUGGAACACAGCUUCAAAGAAAGUCGUCUUUCUCCUGUGGUGGUGAUUUUCUGUGAGUCCCUGACACGCAGAAUCAAUGCGUGGUUUGGAAAUGUAGAACACUGAUGGCUGACUGGGUUUUCUGAAUGAUGAGGCUUGUCUCUGAUCCACAUCCACAUGCACAGGAACAGAUCCCUAGCUUUGUCUCUUGGCUUGUGGCUCUCAUCCUAAGGCUUGCUCAUUGUGUUGCCCUCCCAGCACAACCCUCAUGUCCUAUUGCUGUUGACCUCAAAUGUCCUCCAGAGAAGAAGAAACAGUUCUUUGUCUUUAGUGUCCCAUUCUCUUCAGCCUUGGUUCUGAUGGGGGGGAGCUGUGGUAAACUGGUUCACAUUAGCAGACACCCAGGCCAGCCCCAGACUCUCCUCUACUCCGACGCUGAAAUGUGGCCCUUAGAUAUGCACGCUGACUGCCAUCACUCCUGCCAUCUUCUACACUCCCCCACGCCCCUUCACUCCCGCGGGAAGCAUGGUUACUGACUGGCUCCCUCCCUCUCCCACUGAAACCACAACACUCACAGCCAUGGGUCUGCAUUCAUUCAUAAACCCACACUCGCACUGAGAAUUUUAUAAGGGGUGUUGUUCAAAGGUACACACAGACACAGAGGGGUUGAAAAAGGAUGGAACCACAGACAUUUUAUAUUAUGUCCAGAUAUUCAAGUCCUGCUUUCCUUCCAUUCUCUGAGCUUCCCUGGAUAGGAGGUUCUGACUGGGUCGCUAUGCUAGUCGUGGAUGUUCUCCUUUAGAUCCCAUCCCUUCAAGGAUAUUUGUAAUGAGCCAGAAAUUUAGAACUCAUAGCUUCAAUACAGACAGAAACAGAAAUUUCGAUGUGAAACACUCCGAGUGAAUUGCAUGGAGAAUAUAAAGAGUGUCUGUGGUGGCACUAUGCCUUUGGAGUAGGCGGAGUUUCAGCUAUGUGUUAUUCCAAAGCAGUGCUGUAGAGGGCGUCACCCUCCCAAGGACAGCUUGCUGUAGGCUGCUGGGGCUGCUUCACUGUGGGGUGGCCAUCUCCGGUGGCUUGCCCAAGACGAUAGUGGCGUUUUCUGAAAAGAACAUUUUUUUCAAGAAGUAUCGUUUCUUUUUAUGAACAGUGAACACGAGCUUCCCGUUAGCUGUCUGUAAAGAAAUGUCCUUUGUAUCACUGUUGCACGGAGAAGCUGUAAAUGGAUAAUGCUCUCAGUGUGUGAGUGUGUGCGUGUGUGUGAGCAUAUGUGCGCGUGUGUGUGUGUGUGUCCGUAUAUGUGCACUGUAAACUGCACUGCUCUCUCGAUGCAUGUUACCUGCCGAAACACCUGUCUGGGGACGAGGGAGGGAAGCGGAAGGCGCCUUUUAGUCCCUGCCUUCCACCCCAGAACUUCUUUUCUGGUUUCUCCUUUUCAGCUUCUAUCAAUGAAAACAUAUCUUUGUACAGGAAAAAAAUUUUGCAACUUCUGUGAUGUUCUAGACUUUAAGUCUACAGAAUUUUAUGGCACUCCUGCAU